AGCAGGUGUUAUAGAGAAAGAAGAAGAAGAAGGAAGAAGAAGAGGCGUUUGUGGAGGAAGGCAACAAUGUCAUCGAUUUCGCUAUCAUUUCUACAGAGCACUUGCUCCUAUUCUAAUCUUCAUCAGCAACAGAAGCUCUUCGUUCAAACGCCAUUGAUAGCAUCAUCAUCGUCGUCUCAGCCGAGAAGAACCUCUCUGGUUGUAGAAGCCAAGGCCAGAACUCGUCAAGAUAACAGACAAGCUCGCCAUGCUCGUCUCCGUAAGAAGGUGGAAGGGACACCAGAAAGACCAAGAUUAUGUGUGUUUCGAUCCAACAAACAUCUAUACGUUCAGGUGAUUGAUGAUACCAAAAUGCAUACUCUUGCAUCAGCUUCAACAAUGCAGAAACCACUCUCUGAGGAGUUUGAUUACACCUCUGGUCCCACCAUUGAUGUGGCUAAAAAAGUAGGGGAAGCAAUUGCAAAAUCAUGCAUUGAGAAAGGGAUCACAGCUGUGGCAUUUGAUAGAGGUGGUUAUCCUUAUCAUGGACGUGUUCAGGCGCUUGCUGAUGCAGCCAGAGAACAUGGUCUUCAGUUCUAGUAAUCUUGUUAACUGAUCUUGUAUUGUUCUUGUUAUUUUUCAAGAUUUUUAAUCUUUUUUGUCCAUCUCCCAACAAGAUUUAUUGUUCAAAUAUGCCAAAGUUGCAUAUAUUUGUUAUUAGUGUUAAAUCUUCCAUCUAUUCUCAA